AUGAGCGACACGAGCGGACCGGGCAAGAGUCCGGCGCCCAAGGCUAAGCCAGAAGGCAGCAAGUGGCUGGAUGAAGGGUCCAAGGUCGUUUUCUUUGACUUGGAGGAUGAAGAUGAGGGGAUCACCAGCUAUUCGCAAAGCAAUUCGCUGUCGCAUAUUUGGGAGCAGGGACUCCAGCAGCAGGCACAGAUACACAAGCUCAAGAAGAUGAUAAAAUCGAAGUCGCACGCGCACGUCAAAGUGGCCCAGCGGGCCGCAGAGACACGCAAAAAGUUGGAGGAGGAGCAGAAACGUGCGGGCAGCAUGGAGCAGCAGCUGAAGCGAGCCUGUCAGGAGAAGCAGCAAUCGAAGGAUUUACUGGCGGACACGCAGGUGAUACGCCGGAGUCUGGAGAGCCGCCUCGAUAAACUGAGCGAGAAGAAGAAGUGGGCGGAGCAGUGCAAUACCCAGCUGGAGUCCAAGCUGCAGCAGACCCUCAUCCAGUGCAAGCAGCUCGAUGAAAAAUGCGCCCAUAGCGGCGAGCUGCUGGAUAUGAAACAGAUCGACUUCGAUAGAAUCACAAAGCGAUACAACGCCCUGGAGUCGGACUUUGAGGCCAUGGUGCUGAAGAAGGAGGUCCAGAUACAUCAGCUGAAGGGCUCGCUCGAGCUGGCCCAGAAUCGAUGCCAGCAGCUGGAGCCGGAGAACCUGAAUAGCCACAUGGAGGAGACCCUGGCUGAGCUCAGUUCCCUCGAUGAUCUGUUGCUCAAGAAUAAUAUGUCUCGCGUGGGCCUCAGUCGCGCCGAUCGCAUUGGCAAACUCAAUGAGGAGCUGCCUCGGGCCAUGGGCAGUCCCCAAAGCCUGACAGAUGAUCUGCAAAAGCUACUGGAAGAGCGGAACAAGGAGCUGCUCCUGCUGCGUGAGCAGGAGCAGGAGGCACUACGUACUGUGACCACAUUGAGUAAGGAGAAAACGCGACUGCAGCUGCGCCUUGUGCAAAUGGAAAAGGAAUUGGGCGCAGUGAAACAAAAUUUGGCGACAACCUAUUCGCAGCUAGAGCAGAAAAUUAAUCCGUUGAUAGCUGAACGGGAUGCGCUGCGCAAUCGCCGCCAGAAGGCCGACAGCCAGCUGAAGAGCAUUCAACUGGACAUGCUGCAAUUGAGCGAGGAAAACAAGCAUCUCAAACAGGAAUGUGAUCGGCUGAAGGAGGACAACUGGCGCAUGUCCACGAAGCGGGAGACAGCGGAUGCGCUGCGCCUGGAGCUGGAUCGGCACCAAGGCCUCUUGGUGGCUGCCCAAACGGAGGUGGAUCGGCUGACCCAGCUGCACUCAGAGACCUCACACGAGAAGGAUGUGCUCAGCUACGAGCUGCAGGAGCAGCGCGAACAAAUCGCCAAGCUCGAGCAAAGUCUACAGAGCGUAGAGUUCAAUGCAGAGCAGCAGGCCAAAAGGCUGGCGUCGGAGAAGAAGAGUCUGCAGAGCGAGCUGCAGCAGUUGCAGAGCGAGCUGCAGCAGUUGCAGGCGAAAUCUAUGGACAUUUCCACCACGCAGCAGAGUCUGCUCAUGGCGCUCAAGGAGAAUGCCGAGCAAUUCAAGGAGUUUAUCAAUCAGCAGGAAAAGCAGGACACCAGUAUUGAUGCCACGCCCACCCAUUCGAACAUGAAACAUUUUGGUUAA